UUGUGAUAUCAUUCCUCAUACUUUUCCAUCUACAGGUCCCAAACAGCACACAGAUCAGAUACCCAUCUUCUCUCUUCUCUCUCUUCUCUCUCUACUCUCUCUCUCUCCUCCCUCUCUCUCAUCUCCCCAAAACCUCCCACUCUUCACACUCUUCACCAUGACCAACGAAGCCGUCGUCGGUUCUGUCCCCGCCUCCAAUGGCGAGGCCCCCAAGGCCUCCUUCACCGUCAAGGCCGGCCUCGCCCAGAUGCUCAAGGGCGGUGUCAUCAUGGACGUCACCAACGCCGAGCAGGCUCGCAUUGCUGAGGAGGCCGGUGCCUGCGCCGUCAUGGCCCUCGAGCGUGUCCCCGCCGACAUCCGCAAGGACGGCGGCGUUGCUCGCAUGUCUGACCCGGCCGUCAUCAAGGAGAUCCAGGAGGCCGUCACCAUCCCCGUCAUGGCCAAGGCUCGCAUUGGCCACUUUGUCGAGUGCCAGAUCCUCGAGGCCCUCGGCGUCGACUACAUCGACGAGAGCGAGGUCUUGACCCCCGCCGACCCUGAUAGCCACGUCGAGAAGAGCCCCUUUGGCGUCCCCUUUGUCUGCGGCUGCCGCAACCUGGGCGAAGCCCUCAGGAGAAUCGCCGAGGGCGCCGCCAUGAUCCGGACCAAGGGCGAGGCCGGCACCGGCGACGUUGUCGAGGCCGUCCGCCACAUGAAGCAGGUCAAUGCCGAGAUUGCCCAGGCCAAGGCCGCGCUGGCCGAAGGCGGCAUCGUGCGCAUCCGAGAGCUCGCUCGCCAGCUCGAGGUCGAUGCUGAGCUCCUCCGCCAAACCGCCGAGCUCGGCCGCCUCCCCGUCGUCAACUUCGCCGCCGGCGGCGUGGCCACCCCUGCCGACGCCGCCCUGAUGAUGCAGCUGGGCUGCGACGGCGUCUUCGUCGGCAGCGGAAUCUUCAAGUCUGGCGAUCCCGCCAAGCGCGCCAAGGCCAUCGUGCGGGCGACCACUCACUUCAAGGACCCCAAGGUGCUGGCCGAGUGCAGCACGGGGCUUGGCGAGGCCAUGGUCGGCAUCAACUGCGACACCAUGAAGCCUGAGGAGAAGCUCGCUGUCCGGGGCUGGUAGAAAAGCAUCAUGACUUGCACCGCGGGCGUUUGGGGUCGUUCGACAUGUGGGAGGCAGAUAAAAAGAUUAUGCUGGAUUGCGACAAAAAGUUGUCAUCGGCCGUGCAAGUCAACAU